AUGUCAAAUGAAACAGCGUCUAUGAGAGAAAUACAACACAACCGACAACUCAUUAUACAAGCUCUAAAUAAGAACACAACAAACUUUUCAAACUAUUCUAAGAUAUCUGAGUCAUUGAAAGAAGGAAACUUAAAACUGACAUUAAACCCAAUGACAGAUGAGUUUCUGUUUCAAGACAAUAAGAACCAUACUGUCUGUAUAAAUCCAACAAAAGGAACUUUAAACGAGAAACCUAUAAAUGAACUUCUUUUGAAAGCAGAUGUUGACAACAAAGCUGACAAAGAAUAUGUAGACGAUGCAAUAGCAAAAGAAGAAGAAAGAGCUAACAAUGCUUAUGCAACAAAAGAACAUACUCAUCCUGAACUAGCAGACAAAACAUAUGUUGACAAUAAAAUGUCAAGUGAAGUGACAAGAGCUGAAAACGAAUAUUCUAAAAAGACUCAUAUACAUUCUAUAUCUGAAAUAACAGACUUACAAGAAACCUUAAACAAUAAAAGUGCCGUUGGACAUACACAUACCAUUGCAAAUAUUACAAACUUACAAGAAACCUUAAACAGGAAAAGUGACGUUGGACAUACACAUACCAUUGCAAAUAUUACAAACUUACAAGAAACCUUAAACAGGAAAAGUGACGUUGGACAUACACAUUCUAUAUCUGAAAUAACAGACUUAAACGUUAGCCUUGAAAAUAAAGCAGAUAAAACAUAUGUCAAUGAAAUAUACCAAAGUUUGAUAGGAACAACAAAAAAUAUUGAAACUAUUGUUGGGGAUGUUUCUGUCAAUGAAGAAAACAAAUAUUUUAGAUGGGAGUUUGUACACUCCUUAAAAAAUGGUAUACGGUAUAAACUCAUUCCGAAAAAUAACAAUGAAAUGUAUGUAGGCUAUAUAAAGAAUGAUGGUACACAAGUUAAAGUUCCAUUAGACAACAACUGUUACUUAAACUUAUAUGGAGACGAACAAAAGAA